CAAUUUUUAAAAAUGUUUCCUGUUAUUAAAUUCCAUUCCGAUAUAGAAUCUGCCAUCAAGGGAAGAAAAGAAUUUGUAACGCAGGUCGAUGAAGGCUUCCGAUUCAUCAAAUAUAAAUCCAUCGUAGAGAAUACAUUUGCCGAUCAAUCGACCAUGAAGGAUAUGACCGAUCGGGAAAGGCUUGAUCAAUUAAUUAGACGCGAAUGUAGAGGAAUUAUCUUUGAAGAGAAGAGUAAGAAAAUUGUGUGCAGAAAAUUCCACAAAUUUUUCAAUAUUAAUGAAAGAGUUGAGAGUAAUAUUGAAAAGAUUAAUUGGAAACGACCAUUUGUGGUUGUGGAAAAGAUGGAUGGAAGUUUGGUUUCUCCAAUUUUUGUUUCUUCAAAGAGGGAUAUUUCAGAUAUUCGAUUUACAACCAUGUUGGGAUUUACUGCUAUGGCCAAGAAUAUGGUUGCUGGAUAUAUUGAUAAGAAUUUAGCGCAGAAGAAUUUGAGAAAACCAUUCUUGGAAUUUUGUAAAUAUUGUUUGGAUCAGGGUUGGAGUUGUAGUUUCGAAUAUACUGGACCACAGAAUAUUGUCGUGAUUAAAUAUUUGGAAGAGAAAUUGACUCUACUUGCCAUUCGUCAUACAGAGAGUGGUGAAUAUUUGACCUACCAGGAAAUGAAAGAUAUUCUCGAUAAGAAUCCAAAUUGGCAAAAGGCAGUCAAUUUGGUGAGCUUGUGGAAAGAUUUCCCACAAGGAACUGAAGAACCUCAAAAACUCUUAUCAGAAAUUUAUGAACAGAAAGGAUUGGAAGGAUACGUCAUUCGAUUCAAUGAUGGUGAUUUCUACAAGGCCAAAACUAAAUAUUAUAUGUGUUUCCAUGGAAUUGCAGAUAAUUCUUCAGAACCUAACAAACAGGGAUCUUCAUCCAUGUUCAGUGCUGAGAAAAUUAGAGAACGACACAUUGUUAAGGCAAUUUUAAGUGAUGUGAUUGAUGAUGUAAUCAGUGGAGUGUUCUGGACUACUGAAAUGAAACAAGUAGUUUCAAAAUAUCGAAUUGAAUUGGAAACUAAAAUUUUGGCCAAAUUUGAAGAGGAAAUCUGGCCAAUCCUUAAAAAGGCAAUUUCAUUCUCAAAGAAGGGUGUUCCAAAUGAGUCGAUCACUUCGAGAGUUAUUUCUGGGAAAUUAGCCACUACAUUUACUGGUGAUUUUAUUAAGGAUAUGAUUUCGAAACUUUCCAAAGAAGAAAGUUCAAAGAAUUCGAAUUACAAAAAUCAAGAAAGUGACGAAGAAGAGGAAGAAUUUGAUUCGAAACCAAGUCAACAAUCAAGAGGAAAUAUGUGGAGCGUUCUCCAAGAGGAAGAAAUUGAAGAUGCCGAGCAAGAUGCCAAACUCGACAAUGAAUCAGAUGGAGAAAAGGAGGAGAAAAAAUUGGAAGAAACUAUUCAGCAAACUUCCAAUCUAGUAAUAAUUGAGGAAGAGCAACCAACCCAAAGUAUUUCAUUCGACAUUUCAGGAAUGAAAUUUGCACCAAUUAAGCCUACUGAGAAACCACAAUCAGAGCAAGAACAAAUCGAAUCUCAAAAGAAUGUUGCCUACGAAUGUUACAAAAUUUUCUUACAAACCAAGAUUUUCCAAGUGAGCGAGCCAAAAGCAUUCGAAACUAAAAAGUCCAAAGUCUACGAUUGGUUAAACGUCGAUUUGAAAUCUGGAAUUAUGGGAAACUAUGCAUUCGAUAGUAAAACUGGAUCCCUUGUCAAGAAUUCCACAAGAAAAGUAUUGACCAAACCAUCAGCCUCUUCAUCUAAACAUAUUGAAGAGGAUGAUCACGAUUUCUCCAACAGCAAGAAUAAGAAGAAUAAAAAACGAAAGUAAACGAUUUAUGUCUCACUAA